UCAUUUGAUAAGAGGCAUAGAAUCAGCCACACACACAGACACCAACACUCUUGGGUUCUUUCCUCUACAACCACACGGUUUGCAUACUCACACCCUUUCUUCCACCCUCCACACACACACUUCCGCCUCUUCUAACUAUAUCCAAUCCAAUCCAAUCCAACCACCCAAUUUUCACAGGUAAAAAUCUCAUCUUUUCUUGUGGGGUUUCAAAUUUUCCCAAAAAUAUCAUCAAAACCUUGUUGUUUGGGUUUUAAUUGACCCAUUUGUGUAAUUUGGGGCUCAAAUUGGAGUCACUUGAGUGAAUUUAGCGUUGUUGGAUUAUCGCACACCAGGUGUUUGAUGAAUUGCCUCUGUGGAUGAGAAGGUAAAUUAUGGCUUCUUUUGCUUCCUUAGUGGGGUUGGGAAGUACCUGCACUUGUUCUUCUGGUCAAUUAGAAGGAACCCGGUUAUCGAUUAGGCGAGUUUAUUUUCCCAGUAGCUCUUGUGGGUAUCAUAGCUUGUUGGUUGGGAAAAGGUGGAGGUAUGUUUCGAUAUGUAAAUAUUCGGUUACUACUAAUUUUAUAGCUGAUCAAGGGACUUCAGGGUCAGUUAAUGCCAAUGGUAAAAGUAGCAAUGGGGAUGGUUCUGAUCUCUUACUUAAGCCGGCUCCAAGGCCGGUUUUGAAACCGCCCGAAACUAAAGUUUCAGGCUCGAGUAGUUCAAAGGUAGGUGAACAAGAGAGGAAUAAGGUGAUUGAGUCAUUGGGUGAGGUGUUAGAGAAAGCUGAGAAGUUAGAAACAAACAAGAACACGGAAAUCCCGAAUAGGAAACCGCCAUCAUCGUCGUCGUCGUCGUCGUCAAAUGUUAACAAUGGAAAUCGGGCUAAUUCGGCACCUGCUGGAAAGGCUAAAACGCUUAAAAGCGUGUGGCGAAAAGGGAAUCCGAUUGCGACCGUAGAAAAGGUUGUGAAAGACGCUACAAAGACCGAGAAAAUCCCGAGUGAGACGGUUAAAUCGGAGGUAACCGCGAGUGUCGAAAAUCAAACAGUUGCUCCGAUAAGACCACCGCAACCACCUCAAAGAGUUCAACCGCAGUUACAAUCAAAACCGUCUGCUACCCCACCGGUAAAACGAUCGCCCGUAUUGAAAGAUUUAGGAGCUGCCCCAAAGCCCGCUGUUACCGACGAAGACGAUUCCGGUACAAAAACGAAAGAGAGAAGCGGGCCAAUUCUGAUCGAUAAAUUCGCAUCUAAAAGGCCAGCAGUUGACCCGAUGAUCGCUCAAGCGGUUUUAGCACCACCUAAACCCGGAAAGGCCCCGGCUCCUGGAAAAUUUAAAGACGAUUUCCGAAAGAAAAGUGGUGCAGCGGCGCGUAGGCCGAAAGCUAAAGACGACGAUGAAAUUCACGAUGACGAGACGUCCGAGCUUAACGUUGCGAUCCCGGGUGCGAAAAAGGGUAGAAAGUGGAGUAAAGCGAGUAGGAAAGCGGUUAGAAUGCGGUUAGCGCGUGAGGCUGAGCCCGUUAAGGUUGAACUCAUGGAAGUUGAUGAAGACGGUAUGUUACUCGAUGAAUUAGCGUAUAAUCUGGCGGUUAGUGAAGGUGAGAUUCUCGGCCAUCUUUACGCAAAGGGUAUUAAGCCUGACGGGGUGCAAAAAUUGGAUAAAGAAAUGGUGAAGAUGAUAUGUAGAGAGUAUGAUGUAGAAGUUAUUGAUGUGGGUCCGGCUAAAAUAGAGGAAAUGGCGAAAAAGAAAGAGAUUUUGGAUGAAGACGAUCUUGAUAAUUUACAAGAUCGACCACCUGUUCUCACUAUCAUGGGUCAUGUUGAUCACGGAAAAACAACGCUUUUGGAUUAUAUCCGGAAAAGCAAGGUGGCAGCUUCUGAAGCUGGCGGGAUUACACAAGGAAUCGGGGCGUAUAAAGUUCAAGUGCCUAUUGACGGUACAAUGCGACCAUGUGUUUUCCUAGACACUCCUGGACAUGAGGCUUUUGGUGCAAUGAGAGCUCGUGGAGCAAGGGUCACAGAUAUCGCAAUUAUUGUAGUGGCUGCGGAUGACGGGAUACGUCCUCAAACAACCGAGGCGAUAGCGCACGCGAGAUCAGCCGGGGUGCCGAUAAUAGUUGCUAUUAACAAGAUAGAUAAGGAGGGAGCUUCAGAUCGAAUAAUGCAAGUUAUGCAGGAGCUUUCAUCAAAUGGUUGUCAACCGGAAGAUUGGGGUGGCGACGUACCUAUGGUUCAGAUCAGUGCUCUUACUGGCCAGAAUGUCGAUGAUUUGUUAGAAACCACCAUGCUUGUUGCAGAGCUGCAAGAAUUGAAGGCUAAUCCCGAUAGAAACGCGAAGGGUACCGUAAUUGAAGCAGGUCUUGACAAAGCAAAAGGACCCGUGGCUACUUUUAUCGUGCAAAAGGGCACGCUUAAAAAAGGAGAUGUAGUUGUCUGCGGUGAAGCCUUUGGAAAGGUCCGAGCUUUAUUUGAUGAUGCGGGAAAGCGAGUUGAUGAUGCGGGGCCAUCAAUACCAGUACAGGUGAUCGGAUUAAACAAUGUCCCAUUUGCUGGUGAUGAAUUCGAGGUGGUUGACUCACUUGAUAUUGCACGAGAGCGGGCAGAGAAACGCGCGAUAUCAUUACGGGAUGAACGUAUAUUGGCCAAAGCUGGAGACGGUAGAAUUACGCUUUCGUCCUUCGCUUCUGCUGUUACAACGGGCAAGAAUUCAGGAUUAGAUCUACACCAACUGAACAUUAUUCUGAAGGUCGACCUUCAGGGAUCAAUCGAAGCUGUGAAACAAGCCUUACAGAAGCUACCACAAGAUAAUGUCACUUUGAAAUUUAUUUUACAAGCAACUGGUGAUGUGAGUACUAGUGAUGUUGACCUGGCGGUUGCGAGUAAAGCUAUUACUUUUGGGUUUAACGUUAAAGCACCGGGUUCGGUUAAAAGCUAUGCUGACAGUAAAGGCGUUGAAAUACGGAUUUAUAAAGUUAUAUAUGAUCUUCUAGAUGAUGUGCGAGCCGCAAUGGAGGGAUUGCUUGACCCUGUUGAGGAUCAAGUGCCAAUAGGUUCUGUAGAUGUUCGGGCGGUGUUUAGCAGCGGAAGUGGGCGGAUUGCCGGAUGUAUGGUGACCGAUGGAAAAGUAACAAAAGAUUGUGGAGUUAGGGUUCUGAGGAAAGGAAAGUCGGUUUUUGUUGGCGUUCUUGAUUCUUUGAGACGGAUCAAGGAAGAUGUGAAAGAGGUGAAUGCGGGACUAGAGUGUGGAAUCGGGGUUGAUGACUUCAACGAAUGGGAAGAAGGUGAUGUAAUCGAAGCGUUUAAUACUAUUCAAAAAAGACGAACGCUUGAAGAAGCAUCGAGUACAAUGACAGCCGCGUUUAAAGAAGCUGGAAUCGAGAUAUAAUACCAAUAAAACAUAAAACAUUAAAAUCCCACUGUUCAUCCUAUGAUUAUUUCUUACGACAAAAGUCCAAUACAAGAUUCUCAACAACCGAACAUUUUAGCAUGAGUCAUACGAUCAACUUGUCAGCGUUUUCAGGCAGAAAUUAUGGGCUUUCAGAAAAGGUUGGUUUAGUUUGUAUUCUAAGUUCAAUCAUACUUGUAUGCUACUACAUUGUACAUAGAAAUAGAAUAUGAGCUUGUAAAAAGGGCAAAAUCGACAUUUUAUAUAGUCUAAAAGCUCGAGUUUGAAAGUUGUAACGUUAGCAGGAAAGGAGAGAGGUUGUAGGGGAAAAGAUUUGUCCGAUGCUUCAUGUUUGUGGAUCAAAUGUUUUGAUCUUGUUGUAUUGCUCUUUGUUGUCACAUGGAUGAAUGUUGAAACCUUAUUCUUUGCCGGUGAAUACAUUUGUGGUUAUCAUA